AUGAAGGUGAUCGCCACCUACUUGUUGGCGGUGUUGGGUGGAAACACCAAUCCCACGGCGGAGGAUUUGAAAGCAAUUCUCUCCUCCGUCGGAGCGGAAGCUGAUGAUACAAAAAUUGAGUUAUUAUUAUCUCAAGUCAAAGGAAGAGACCUUGCUGAACUUAUCGCUGCCGGAAGAGAGAAGCUAGCUUCAGUGCCUUCCGGUGGUGGUGUUGUGGUAGCUAGUGGUGGUGGUGGUGCUGCUGCAGCGGUGGCGGAGAAGAAAGAGGAGGAAAAGAAAGUGGAAGAGAAAGAAGAGUCUGAUGAAGAGGAUUUUGUUCUUGAUAUCUUUGGUUAGACGAAGGAGUUUAAGUUUUAUGCGCUGACAGUAUAA